UUGUCUCUUUCUCCAAGCCUCUAAUUUUCUCCCCCUCUCUUUCGGGACGUCGGUGAUUUUUCUUUCUUUUUAUUAAAUGUACACGAUAACAAGACAAUUUUCGGUUCUCUCGCGCAUCGUGAACGUGGAUGAGUAAUAGUGCUUUCGCGCGGUGGCCGAUCAUCUUCGGCUGGUCUGCCUGGGAAGCGAGGAGAACGUGAAUGCUCCUUACGUUUUACUGGUGUCAAUGUACACACGGUGCAACGUUAUUGUAGCAUUGGCCGUGAGCGAACACUUUUAAGAGGGAUCCCUAAGCUCAGACAGAAAAUUCGACAUGAUGAAGGGCAGCGCUAAAAAAGAGAGCAAAAUGCGCAUACGUGCUUUUCCGACGACUAUGGAUGAGAAGUAUGUAGAAAGUAUCUGGACGCUACUGAAAAAUGCUAUUCAGGAAAUUCAAAAGAAAAACAAUUCUGGUCUUAGUUUUGAAGAACUUUAUCGAAAUGCUUAUACCAUGGUUCUCCAUAAGUAUGGAGAACGUUUAUAUACAGGUCUGAAAGAAGUUGUAACACAUCAUCUUGAGAACAAAGUACGAGAAGAUGUACUAAGAUCUCUUCACAAUAAUUUCCUUCAAACAUUGAAUCAAGCUUGGAACGAUCAUCAGACAUCAAUGGUGAUGAUUAGAGAUAUUCUAAUGUAUAUGGAUAGAGUAUACGUGCAACAAAAUGAUGUAGACAAUGUGUAUAAUUUGGGGCUUAUCAUAUUUAGAGACCAGGUGGUCAGAUAUGGGUGUGUUAGAGAUCAUUUAAGGGAAACUUUAUUAGAUAUGGUAGGAAGAGAAAGAAGGGGAGAAGUAGUAGAUCGUAUCGCGAUAAAAAAUGCCUGCCAAAUGUUAAUGUUACUUGGAAUUAACAGUCGUCAAGUUUACGAAGAAGAUUUUGAAAGGCCUUUUUUACAACAGAGUGCUGAAUUUUAUAGAAUGGAAUCUCAGAAAUUCUUAGCAGAAAAUAGUGCAUCAGUAUAUAUUAAGAAAGUUGAGGCUAGAAUCUGCGAAGAAUCAGAGAGGGCGAAGCAUUAUUUAGAUGAAUCUACUGAACCACGAAUAGUAGAAGUUGUAGAAGAAGAAUUAAUUAAAAUUCAUAUGAAAACUAUUGUAGAGAUGGAAAACAGUGGCGUAGUUCACAUGCUUAAAAAUCAAAAAACUGAAGAUCUUGGUUGUAUGUAUAAAUUAUUUUCAAGAGUUUCGGACGGAUUGCGUACAGUAUGCGAUUGCGUCUCGCAGUUUCUCAAAGAGCAAGGACGUGCCAUGGUUCAAGAGGAACACGAAUCAACAACAAACGCUGUCCUCUUUAUCCAGAAUUUGUUGGAUUUAAAAGAUCGUUUCGAUCAUUUCCUUCAUUACUCGUUUAAUAACGAUAAGAAUUAUAAACAGAUGAUCGCCUCCGAUUUCGAAUACUUCCUAAAUCUGAAUACAAAGAGUCCCGAGUAUCUCUCGCUUUUUAUCGACGACAAGCUGAAGAAGGGUGUUAAAGGGAUGACAGAACAGGAGAUUGAGGGUAUUCUAGACAAAACCAUGGUUCUCUUUCGGUUCCUCCAAGAGAAAGAUGUAUUCGAACGGUACUAUAAGCAACACUUAGCUAAACGUCUUCUCUUAAACAAGUCUGUCUCUGAUGACAGCGAGAAGAAUAUGAUAUCUAAACUUAAGACUGAAUGUGGAUGUCAGUUCACGUCGAAGUUGGAAGGGAUGUUCAAAGAUAUAACAGUCAGUAAUACUAUUAUGGAUGAAUUUAAGGAUCAUGUCCUCACAUCUAAUACAAACUUGCAUGGCGUGGAUAUAAGUGUCAGGGUUCUAACAACCGGUUUUUGGCCAACGCAAUCGGCAACGCCAAAGUGUAGUAUGCCAUCCGCCCCGCGAGACGCUUUCGACGCUUUCCGUCGGUUCUAUCUCGCUAAACACAGCGGUCGCCAGUUGACGUUACAGCCACAAUUAGGUUCUGCGGAUUUGAAUGCCAUAUUUCACGGACCACGAAGGGAAGAAAGUAGUUGCACGGCAUUAGACACGCCAUCGUCCUCCAGUUCGAUUGGCAACGGGAGCGCUAACGGUAGUUUAUUAAGUCAGCGAAGCAGUAGCUGUGGAAACACGAGGAAACAUAUAAUUCAAGUAUCGACUUAUCAGAUGUGCGUCCUGAUGCUUUUCAACAAAAGAGACAAAUUAACAUACGAGGAAAUUCAAGGUGAAACCGAUAUUCCAGAAAGGGACUUGGUUAGAGCAUUGCAGUCUCUGGCUAUGGGUAAAGCCACGCAAAGAGUAUUAUUAAAACAUCCUCGGACAAAGGAGAUAGAACCUUCACAUUGUUUUUGUGUCAAUGACAGUUUCACCAGUAAACUGCACAGAGUAAAGAUACAAACGGUGGCGGCGAAAGGCGAAUCAGAGCCAGAAAGAAGGGAGACGCGUAACAAAGUUGACGAGGACAGGAAGCACGAGAUAGAAGCGGCUAUCGUUCGCAUCAUGAAAGACCGAAAACGCAUGCCUCACAAUAUACUCGUAACAGAAGUAACAGAGCAACUCAGAGGACGAUUCCUGCCUUCGCCCGUAAUUAUUAAAAAGCGUAUAGAAGGUUUAAUUGAACGUGAAUAUCUGGCGCGCACGCCGGAAGAUAGAAAGGUGUACACGUACGUUGCUUAAUGCUCGAAUUCAAAUGUUGGAUCUGUACAAACAUUAUGCCAAAAGUGGAAUCUACGAAUCUGUAUCAGAUGCGGAAUUUAUCGGUGGAUUUAAAAGAAAUGAAAGAAAAAUUAGUAUAAAGAUGAAGAACUUAAUAAAGGAAUGAAAAAAUGUUGUAAUUGAAAAUUAUAUUAAUUAUGGGGUUCGAAUGUCAAAAUGAUGAAGAUCACGUAAAAAGCAUCAUGUUUUUAUUUUCAUUUAUAUCUUUAUUUAUCAAUAUAGAGUUUUAAUAUUUAAAUGAACAGGUUUUACCCUUUCUUACUCAAACUGAAUAAAAAAUAAAGUCCUGUAAAAGCGGUUCUUAAUUGAGCACAUUUUACAUAUAGAAUAUGUUAAUUCUGCCUGAUCCUUUCCUGUCUCAUUUUGGAAUGAUCAUGUACAAAAUACACCUUUGUUUCAAUACGUGUAUAUAUAAGCAUACUCAUAAAAUAGAGAUCAUAAGGUAAGUUCAAUACUUCGGUUGUUGAUCUAAAUUAAAAAUGGUGUAUUAUGAAUGAUUACAUGCUUAUUAUUUUUUUAGAUGAUCUACUUACUAUGUAAUUGUUUAGAAAUUAAACACCGUAUUGAGUUUUGCAACGAUACUAAGAAUAUUUGGAGUACCAUUGAUUUCUGCAAUACUUGACAUUUAAUUAAGCUUAAUAUUUCACCCCUAAAAUUUGAAACAUUCUAAUGAAUUUAUUCAGCAUUAAAUUAAUGGAAGUAUUAUUUGAAUUUCUUAAUAUUUAAUGUAUUAAUGUUACAUCAGAGUUCGAGAAUUACAUAUAUGCAAAGUAGUACCAUCAAUUGUAAUUACAUAGGAGAUUAUCAUCAAGUUACAAAUUCAUGUUUUACAUUAAAAGGUAGAUGUAAAUUUUCAACACAACGUUACAGAGAUAUAUAGUUCCCAAAAUUAACAUCAAAAUGCGUUUACAGUGUCAGCAUGAUUUUCAAAAAUCAUACAAAUUUAUGUACAUUCAUGAUGAUCAUUUCAUGCUUACAAGCUUAAUCGAUACUAGUUCAAAGUUGCCUGUAAAUUAGAAAAUUAAAAUUACUAUAAUUUAGUAUUUAAUGUAAAUGCAACAUUCUAGAACCGUGAGUCCAGAGAUAAUAAAUUGAAAAUCGUUUUAAAAAACAUUAAAACGAACAGUUAAAUGUGCUGCUUCUUCAAGCCUUUUAAAAAUCGUACGAAAUGUAAUUGCGUAACGAUUUUCGACACACAUAGUAUACAAUAUCAUACAGUUAGUUUAUUAUACUUUACUUUGCUCUGAAAAGUUUGUUAAUCCAUUUUAUAAACAUUACAAUUUGCAUAUAUUUAUAUCAUUGUUGGUAAUCAACCAAUACUGUACACAUGUAUCUCAACUUGUUUGUCACGUAACAGAUAAGUCUAUGUUGGCUUGAAUUAAAUUAGCUGACGGGUGGCACGCAUUGUGGUGAGUAGAGCUAGUCAUUCAUGGUUAUUCGUUAGAAGAGGGUGACUCCCGCCUUUUUUCUGCAUGUUUCUUUGUAAAUUCUUCUGCAUUCUUUAAAAACUUUUUCCUAUCGUUAAGAAAUUCUUCUGCCAGAUCUACCCUUAAGGCAUGUUCUGGUUCUGGAUCAUUCACUACAGCUAUCAAAGCUUGUACAACUGUAAACAAAAUUUAACAAUUAUUUUUACUCCUUCGUUCUAACAAUACUACAGAUUAAAAUACAAUUUCACCUUGGUCUGUUCUUGUAGCUGGUUUCCAAUUUUCAGCAUGUAUAAUAGGUAAGCAGAUAUUUCCACCUUCGUCUACAUUAGGAUGAUAUAUUUUAGUUUUAAAGUUUAUUCUUGGAGGUUUAAAAGGAUACUCUGCAGGAAAGUUAAUUUCAAUGCGAAAAGCUCCUUUAUUAUACGGUGGAUUGUCCUAAAACAUUCGAAACUAUUAAAUACAUUGAUUUAUAUCAUUGACAAAUUUUCUUGUGCAAUAUAACAGUUUCCAAUAUCUUCUAAAUGGAAAUAUGCAUUGUAGAAAAUAUUUUUAAGUAACAUCUAAUAAAUGAAAGUUACAAUAAAGUAUGGUAUAUAAUUUAUUUUCUUCUUUGUUUAUGUAGAUUACUCAUUCAGGUAAUAAAUUUCUAUGUGAAUCUUCUUCUAAAAAAUUAGUCUAUUAAAAUAUGAAUUUACAUAAAUGUUCAUAAAUUUCAGCUAACUAUAGUUGCCUCUUCAAGCAAGACAAGGUUAGGUUAUGUUUCCAGAUUAGAAGGGUUACGCCAAAACGUACCGGCAAUAUAAGGCCCUGCCAAGUGAGAAUAUUGGAUUCAUCUACUUGAAUAUUUAUAAAAUUUUUCAUAGGCGAAGCUCUUAGGUCACCGAGUUCCUAAAAAGAGGAAAUGUAAUCAUCAUUUGUAAGUUUCAUGAAAACUGAGAAUCGUAACGCGAACACCAGUUUUAAAAUAAAUAACGAAAAGUUCAUCAUUGGUUUCAGAUGGGACAUAAAUAUCUACUAUAGGAAUCGAAACCAUAAAACAUUCAUAAAUCAUUGAUAAAAUAUAUUAACGUUCCACAUUUCAUUGGAAAAAUUCAAUGUCAUCCAUAGCAGAGAUUAUAUCGCAAUUCAAUUAAACAGACAUGGACAAGCAUGCCACAGUUUCAAAUGAUAUUUUCGAACGUUUCACACACAUUUAAUUCCACCUGCGAACUCUUCGAUUGACCGAAACUUUGAAUUACCUUUUGCAAUCUUCUCGUAGCUGCCAUUUUGAAAAUAAAUUCCACUAAAAAACUAGCAAAACUUGUCAAGCCCCUCACCGACGACUUCACAACUACAUAUAUCCACCCUCUAAAAUUCCCCAGCGUUUCUAUAGAGAAAAGCUCCCGAACUAAAGUUUCUGUAAAGUUUCGUUGAUCGGUUCUCUUUUUCGUAGCUCGUAUCGACACGAAUAUAGAUGGAAAUUUAGAAUUGAUUAUGUGAGAAUAUGAAUCGCUAUCCGUUUAUCCGUUUUGUUGCAAGUUAGCGCGCGUGCGCACAUAAUUCAUGCGACUGUGUGCACGGUUGGAUUAACGUUUCAAUCAAAAGUACCACGGACGUUCGCAAGAAGCGCUACUUAAAAAAAAAUCAAAUUUGUGAAUCAAUGGAAAUAAGCGAAAUUUUAGACAUUGGAUUGUACAUCUACUUUUCCGACAUUGAUCAUUGUCAAUAAAU